GCACACUUCUGCAAACCAGUCCCACAGGACACAUUCUUAGAGAAUGCACUUGUGCACACACACUUCAUACCAAGAAACUCGACUUAUUUUGCAUUUGUCUGCAAUCUAUCUGCCGCCAUGUGCCUUUUGAUUGUCCUGUUAACAUGCUUCACGGGUUUCGCUUCCUGUGUUCAGUUCCUGGCACCGAUCAACAUGGGGGGAGUCUUGGGUCAAGUUCAAUUUAACUCUACAUCCCAGACGGCCACUGUCAACGUUACUGGUGUCGGAUCGUGCAGUACCUUGAACCUUUCCCUCACCGAGUUCCCGGUCAUGUAUGGCCAUUUUGCUGAGCCGUGCUCGGUGGCAAACAUUGGCUCCAGUGUUUUCACAUUCACUGCUGAUCCCACGUCUAGCGCCAGCAUCAAUGUGUCGAGUCUCUUUGAACAGCGCUCAAACCUGGAUGAUCUCUCGCUGACUCUACAGACCUGUAACAACAGUCCUGUAUGCACGGUUGUAAGUAGCCGUCAAACAGUUUUGACAAGUCAGGCGAGGUUCACCGGUGAGAUCGCGGGUAAUGUUUAUAUUCGCCGCAACGUUGGACUGAACAACUCAAGGCUGCUACUAGAUCUUGUUACAAUCGGUCAAGUCAACGCAUCCGCGACCAACGUGACACUCUUUGGCUCAUUAAGCUCAGCUACAAGCUGCAAUGUUCUUCUUAGUAGUUUAGAUGCCUCAGCUUUGACAAAUCUGAGUGUCGUCAACAUUGGAACGCCUUUGCAACCUGGAAAAUCUCGCCUGGACUUAAAUAACUACGAUGACAACACGGCCUUUCUCAUCCUCCGCCCAGGUUCAACUUUCAUUUGUGCUCAAAUCUAUACUGUGCCAGAGAAACAAGUGAGUGCUCGAUUUGAUAUGAAAGGGAUUCAUGGAUCGAUCAGCUUCCAUCAGUCUUCCCCUUUCGAUCAGACAGAGUUGAAGGUCAACCUGAGUAACUUGCAGAACAGGGUCGGGCCUUUUCAUGUCCACGGUUUUCCUGUUCCUUCAGGCAGGUCGUCUUCUUCCAACCUGUGCUCCAACGACAAUGUGGGUGGCCAUUGGAAUCCAUUUGGCGUCAACACAAGCGCCCCGACAUACCCCACUGGGCCUGGAUCAACUCAUGACCUGUACGAGGUUGGGGACCUCAGUUCAAAGCAUAUGUCCCUCGCGACUAAAAAUGAAGUGGAAAUGACGUUUGAAGACUACAACCUUCCUCUCUUUGGACAGAACAGCAUUGUUGGUCGGUCUGUUGUGAUUCACCUAACAGAUGGUGCCAGGUACGUCUGCGCCAGCAUCGGCUAUCCUGGUGAGGUCAUCGUCGCCAGAGCUAGGUUUAGGAGCCCAUUGGUUGGUGAUAUGUGGUUCACCCAACUGAAGGACAACCCCCUAUCUGAUGUAUCCAUCUUUGUGGAUUUGUCAUAUGGAAACCCCACAGCGGCCUCAACCACGAACCACAACUGGCAUAUCCACAUGUACCCCAUCAGCUCCGAGAGGGACGACGAUGAGACACGCUGCAGCACAACAGGAGGUCAUUGGAACCCUUUCGGCAUUGACACACAAGAUAACAGUUAUGAUCUCCACUGUGGCCCAUCCAGUCCAGUAGCCUGUGAAGUCGGAGACCUUGCCAGUAAACACAAUCUCCUCAACCUCAGUUCUACAGUUGGUGGAGUCAAAGCAAAAAAAUUCUUCACUGAUGUCACUUCCUGGUUGCAAGGGUCAGGCUUGAUUAAUCGUGCCGUGGUCAUACAUCAGGCAGAAAGAGCGGGGCCAAGGAUUGCAUGUGCAAAUAUCACUAUGGUGCGUGUACCCAAAGCCACCCUCGGAUCUUGGUUUGGCCCCGGCGUGUCAACUGGACAAAUUCAGUUCUACCAGUCUGUCCCAAAUGGCCCCACCAAUAUAUCUGUGUCCUUGUCCAACCUGAAUGCCAUGGCUGGUGGCUACCAUGUUCACAUUUUACCCAUCAAACCGAACAGCUCAGAACCGUGCUCGGCUGCAAACAUUAGGGGACACUACAACCCACUGUCUGUCAACAUAACACUGUCCCCUCCACCUGGAAAUGGUACUGUUGACCAGUAUGAGAUAGGUGAUAUCAGUGGAAAAUUUGGGCUGCUGACUGGUCUGAAUCAAGCGCAGGAGUUGUAUCGUGACAGCAACCUGCCGUUAACUGGGCCGCACAGCAUCGUGGGAAGAUCUGUUGUGAUUCACUACAGCAAUGGCUCAAGGAUGCAAUGUGCUGACAUAUCUGCUGAAAAAAAUGUAGAUGGACAGUGGACCAUUGCCAAGGCUGUGUUUAAUGGCUCUUUAAAUGGGACCGUCAGAAUGGUCCAGCAAAUGUUUCCUGAUGGAAGUAGCGGUGACACCACGCUGGUGGUAAAUCUACAAGCUGUAAAUCAGCUCACCGAGGCAUCACUGUUCAUAUCUAAUAACCUUAUCGGCACCAAUGAUAACGGCCAGUGUAAUUACCAGGGACCCUAUAAUCCUUUUAACAUGACCUCAAAGAGUUCGAGCUGCUCUCUUGACUACCCCCUGAGUUGUGUGGUUGGGGAGUUCUCGGCAAGACACGGCGCAGUCAGCCUGAGGGAGGAACGGCUCUACACUGACAGUAUCAUUCAGCUUUCUGGGGAUCACACAGUGGUCAACAGAUCUUUGGUGCUGAAGAAUGGUGAGGACAUCAUUGCAUGCGCUGAUAUUUUCCCAGAGUCUCCCUCUGCAGACCAAACCUUCCCCAGAGUUAGAAACUUCAGUAGACACGAGUUCCGCAGUGGUGUUGCUAAUGUCCUGCAGAUGGAAAUAGCAAGAGUGACCAUCUUGGGCUCCUCUCCCACAUCUGUAGUUGAAGGAAGAUGCCAGCAAGUCAGCUUCAUGGUAUCAGGGGAAGUCAGUGCGGAUCUUCUGAGCGCCGUCAAAACGAGUGAACUGAUGGGCCGCUACCGAGAGUCAGAUGAAUGCAACCCCAGAAGUUCGGGUAGACUGCUGGCACCCGGAAGCAUUCUCAUUGGCUUGAUGUUUGUUGCAGAGCACCAACUACUCGCUACAGAUUAAGUAUCAUGUCUGCCACUGCCACACCAAGCAACCUCUGCUUCAUCCAUAUUUUGUUGAACUGAACGUGUUCAUUGGAAUGAAAGUCGGCACAACAUAAUAUCCUCAUCUGACUUCUAAAAAAUGAUAAGGAUACUCAUUCGACACACCAUUUUCACUGUUACAGUAUUUGCUGAUGUUCAUUUUAACAUUCCUAGACUUCUGUCUUAAUGUAUGCACGAAACAUUUUUUUUUUUAUAAAUCUAUGUACAGUGUACUGAAUAAAAUCCAAUAUUUGUAU